AUGCAGAGUGAAUCACGCGCUCCGUUCGACCCAAAUUUAAAAUAUAAGGUCAGAGACUUUGUAUGGACCCUUUUGUUUAUACUAUAUGUUGGCGGUAUGGUAUUUAUUUCGCGGUGCACAGUUUCCAUGGAAAAUAUCAACAGAGUUAGAUAUGGUUCCGAUUCUGAUGGAAAUGUUUGCGGCACGGUCAAUAAAAGGCCUGACGGCUCAAUUCUCGAUCUUACUGGCCUUCCCUAUGCCUUUUUUAUGGAUGGCCACAAUCUCCCGAAAAGCAAGAUCAUCUGCGUUUCAAAAUGCCCUGAAAAAAGCACGUAUUGGAGCGACAUUUGUUCUUACUUGGAUAACGAUAGCAGAUGCGUUGUCGGGUACCCCUCUAAACCAAAUUUAUUUGCAUCUGAUCCCAGCUCCACAUUGUCUUCAAAAAACUGGAAGAAAGCUGAAGUCGAAGGCUUUUUGGGCGAUCGAACACCCUUGGAGUCGUUUCCGGAGGCCAUUGCGGAUUCUUGGGACUUGAUCGUGAUUUCGUUGGGAAUCGCCACUUUUCUUGCCAUUUUGUGGCUAUUUUUCAUCCCGUUUAUUUCAACGCUGGUGGUGUGGAUCACCAUUUGGGUCACUCUUUUGAUAUCAAAAAUAGCAACCGCAUAUGCAUGGGGCCUCUAUUAUGAGGUGGCCACCAAUACCGAUUUGUCUUUUAUCUACCAGAUUGAUUUCUUUGCCGCAAAUGAGAAAUUGCUGCUGUGCCUUGCGAGUUCUUUUUCCAUUCUUUUGGUGUUUAUCAGCUUUUUCAUGCUUUCUUGCUAUAAAAGAAUGGAUUUGUCGAUCCAACUGAUUGACGAGAGCUCGAAUUUGCUGCAAAAGGUGCAGCUUGUAUUUUUAGUGCCCAUUGUUAAUUAUGUGCUCAUCAUGGCGCUGUUUUCGCUUGCCAUCGUCGUGGUUUCUAUUUUGAUUUUUUGCAAAGACCAGGUGUUUUUCGAGGCUUCUGCAAUCUUAGCGCUCAUAAAUUGCUUUCUAAUUUACUUUUUAUUUGGACUGGUUUGGGUUUGGAAUGUCAUCGAUGCCGUCUGUGAUAGCAUCAUUGGUGGAGCGAUCGCAGAAUGGUAUUGGACCCCUGCAUCUGUCAAGGAUAAGCAUGUUUCCAAUUCGGUGACCCUGCUGUUUCGAUCUACAAUCAGGACGCUCUACUACUCAUUUGGAAGCAUCGUGAUGGGCUCUCUCAUGAUCUCCUUCCUGUUAGCAAUCAGAUACAUGCUCGAAUUUAUCAAGAAAAAGCUUGAGGGUGUCGAAUACCGACUGAUUCGCCUCGUUCUUUCUGCCACUCAGUUCAUCCUAUUUUUUAUUGAAAAGUUCGUUGCAUAUAUGAACCGGGCCGGCUACAUACACAUGGCCAUGUAUAAUUCGUCCUAUGUUGACUCUGUGCAUUCUGUUGCAAAUUUACUUUCUCGAAACUCGUUUAGAUCAUUUGUGCUGGGAUGGAUCACCUUUCUUGUAUUGUUUAUAGCAAAGUCUUCCAUUACCCUUGUCGCUGUUUCGUAUGCAGCACAAGAGCUUUUCGUGGUGUCUGACAGUGCGGACGUGAAAUAUUAUUUCAAAUCCACCCAUGUGGGAACGGCUUUGGUAUGGAAGCUUUGUAACUUUUUAUCGUUAGGUUGUGUUGAUACUUGCUUACAUCAUUGCAAGCGUGUUUGUCUCCGUCAUGGAUAUUGCCAUCCAUACGCUGUUUAUUUGUUUUCGUAA